GGGGCGGGGGCGGGGCCGCGGCCGCGUUCUCGCGAGGCGCGGCGUGGUGCGGCGGUCGGGGCGGUCGCGCGGAGAGGAGUGCGUCGGGCCGCGCCGCGCCGCGCCGAGCUGAGGUGAAGUGAGAAACUUGAUCUGAAAAGAACCGGUUAGCAGAAGCUAUGGGUCUGUCCGCGUCCUCCCCGGCUGUCGCAGUGCAGUCACCAAAUGCAUCUCAGCAGCAUCCGGCGGCGUCUCUGCCUUCGCAAUGUCCUAUGCAUCAGGAAAACGCAAAUGGUUGUCCAAUGCACAGGAAGACUCCUGAUCAUAGCGCUGAGAACAAAAACAGUGUUCCUGCACAUCAAGAAAGAGCAUAUGAGUAUGUGGCAUGUCCGGUGAAGUCUGGGGCAUCUCGACUGGAAGAUGACAUAGAUCCUAGCAAUAUGAUGCCACCUCCUAAUCAGUUGCCAUCCCCAGACCAGCCAUUUCCACUGUCAACUGUUAGAGAAGAAUCUUCCAUUCCUAGAGCACAUUCUGACAAGAAAUGGGUCUAUCCUUCAGAGCAAAUGUUUUGGAAUGCUAUGCUAAGAAAAGGGUGGAGGUGGAAAGAUGAUGACAUAACAAGUGAAGAUAUGACCAACAUCAUUAAGAUUCACAAUCAGAAUAACGAGCAAGCUUGGAAGGAAAUUUUGAAGUGGGAAGCUCUUCAUGCUGUGGAAUGUCCAUGUGGACCAACACUGAUGCGAUUCGGAGGCAAAGCGAAGGAGUAUUCACCAAGAGCCAGAAUACGUUCAUGGAUGGGAUAUGAGCUUCCUUUUGACAGACAUGAUUGGAUUGUUGACCGAUGUGGAAAAGAAGUCAGAUACAUUAUUGAUUAUUAUGAUGGUGGAGCAGUUGAUAAGAACUACCAGUUCACUAUCUUGGAUGUUCGCCCUGCAUUUGAUUCUCUCUCAGCUGUAUGGGACAGAAUGAAGGUAGCUUGGUGGCGGUGGACUUCAUAACUAUCCCUGUUGCGUUUAAUCAAAAAGUAAAAUAUUUCCCUCUUGAACUGAGGAUUCAUAGACACUGGAACUUUAAACAAAAGUUCACUGCAGCUGUGAUUAUCUGCAUCAUCACCACUGUUCUUUGGGGGUGAGAACGGAGGAUGGGGAAUUGCAUUGUCAAAUGCAGCAAUGCUUUAUGGUGUUUUGAAUUAAAUAAUAAAGUUACAGUAGCAAAAACAUGUAUCUUAAUUUUCUUAACUGUAAAAUCUUUUUUAUUUUGUCACAAUUCUUUUUGUGACGAUAAGUUUGCCUUCUGUCAUUUCUUGACUCCAGCGCUGCACCAAAUACAUUGGGUUUCUGAUUCUGACUGGAGUUGUAUUUGGUAUUAUUUCAUAAAACAGUAAAAAUGGGAAAUCUCAUAAAUGCUUUCACACAGUUGCAGUGCUUGGGUAUUCAGAUGAUGAGUAAAAGAGAAAGUUUUAGACUGUUACAAGGUUUUAUUAACUAUAUAAAGCUACAUAUUUGUUUUUACAUCAGCACUUUACCUGUUCAAAUACAGGCUUCCUCAGAAAAAAUCUGUCAAAUUUAUUCUCUUUAAGGAAAUAGAGUAAGAGUAUUUUUAACAGUAUGUUAAGUUGAAAAUGAGAAAAUAUUUAUGCCUAAAUUUGCAAUUUAACUUUUAGCAGAACAGCUAAUUGCUAGAAGCAGGAAAUGAGCAUAUCAGUUGCAUUUACUUUUAAAACAACGUUUCUAAAAGGAGGUUGUUUAAAAUUAUAUUUAAUUAUAUUUAUUUGAGUGUUUAAAAGGUUUUUUUCCUCCAUGUAAGAAAACUGUAUACUUUUAGUGUAUUUACAUAUUUACAUACUUUAACCUGUGUUCCAUGUAUGCAUUCAGGCCAGAAUUAAACCUUAUUUAAAGAAACCUCCAUGCAAUACAUAAGGUUUUUGCAUGUUAGUUUCACCAAUAUACUGCAGGAGUUUUUCAGAUGUAACAAGAAAUCGCACAAGGGUGUAUGUAUACAUAGUAAUACAUAUUUCUGUAUAGUGAUUAUAGUAAGAAAUACUACAGAUGUAUAUGUAACUUGGCUAAAAAGGUAUCCGAAGUACCAAGAAAUAAGCUUGAUUUGAGCAGUUUCUAAGGACAAUGCAUGCUUAUGCUGUGUGGCUUAAAGAUUUGAGCAAUAUUGUGCUUAAUAAGGGAAACUAACUUUUAAAAAGUCUUCUACUGUAAUAGCUUUAAAUUUGCAUAUCUUGGUAAAUUUCUGAUGCUACAUAGCCCUAAAUUUAAAUUACUCCUCCCUUUCAGCAUACCUUACUCUUGAGAAUGAGUCCCCUAUGCAAAGCACUUUGGACUGGAAGGAAUAACUGAGUAUCACAUUGUAGCCUGUCAAGUGGGAAUUUCUUCAUCAAACUUCAGAACCUUAACUGUAAACCAGCUAUACAUUAAUUUUAUGCAAGUGGUUAUGUUUAAAUGACUUUGGAAGCUGUUUGGGGGCUGGGGGGGGGAACAAUGUUGCAGUCAAGUAACUCGUCCUGUUCAGGAAAAAAUGAUCCAGGGAAGCUUCCAUAUUUUAAGGUACUAAUGGAGAUGAAUGGUUCCCACUUCAGAGGCAACUGUCCUGCUGGGUAGGAAUAGAUCUUUCCCAGAAGUCUAGAAUCCUCAGAAAAGAGUACACACUUACCCCUCUUUGCUUUCCAUAUCCUUUUUUGCCCUUUUUCACAAUGCUUCAUAUGUAUCUAAAUCAAAAAUAAUUUGGGGCAAAUAAAAGUCUCCAUCUAAGUUAUUAAUGUGCAGUUGUUAUAUGAGAAGUGUGUGAGCUUAUAUUAAGAAUUAUAUAUGAUUAUUAAAGAGCUACUCCUCUCAGUCCUAAUGGUCAAGACUGAGAGGGGGAUACUGCCCCUUUUUUAUUAUUUUAUUUGUACAUUUGGGUAAUUUGAUAUACACAGAAUUCUGGUUCUAUAUUUCUUGCAGCUAAAUAUGGAAAAGGUACACCUAUGGAAAGAAUGUCUCAGAAGCGUCAAAAUAAUAGUUUGCCUUACUGAUUUCAGAAGCUUGAAGUUGCGUGCAUUAUGGAAAUUGUGAUUACUGCUAAAUCCGAUAAAAGAUGUCACGUGCCGCUUCAUGAGCUUUUUGUCCUCUGUUAUGUUCCAUCUUACGUAGGUUCAAAACUGUGCUUCUCAGUGCCACUAUUAAUGAAAUGUGAUACUUCGUCAUUAAAAAAAAAAGGAGAAUCAAAUAAAUAUACUUUUUUUAA